UAUAGGCAAUGAUAGAAGAGGAUAAUCUUGUAUCUGAUCUUUGAGAUCCUUCUCUUUCCUUUACUUUGAACAUCUCUAAUUUUUUUUUCUUGUCAUUUCCCUGUUAGGAACAAGGAAUGGCAGGAGCAGUUGUAUCCGGCUUUCUUCAACUAGUUAUUGAAAAACUAGCAUCGCCAAUCCUUGAAAAGUGUGGACUGUUAUGGGGUUUUCACAAGGAGAUGGAAAAUCUAAGAAGCAGGUUAUCAACGAUACAAGCAGUGCUUGAAGAUGCGGAGGAGCAGCCAGUAAAGACCAAGGCGUUAGAGAAUUGGCUGGGAAAGCUUAAAGAUGUGGUUUAUGAUGCAGAUGACAUAUUGGAUGAGUUCACAAUUGAAGCGGAAGCAGAACCAAAAGUGGAAGCUAAACGCAGAAAAGUGCAGAUCGGGGAUUUCAUUACGAAGGUAUGCAACCCACUGGUGUCCCGUUCAAAUAUGGCGGAUAAGAUAAAGGAGAUAGGGCAGAGAUUAGAUGCGAUUGCUAAAGAGAGGUCUCAAUUCCAUUUGAAAGAGGUAGAACGGGUGUCGGAUAUUAGAGGCCGAGAACCAACUGACUCGUUUGUAAUCGAAUCAGAUGUUUAUGGAAGGGAAGAAGACAAAAGAAGGGUAAUGGAAUUACUGAUUAGCAAUGAUAACGGAGAGGAUGUUACAGUCAUCCCCAUAGUCGGUAUGGGGGGCCUUGGGAAGACCACACUCGCUCAAUUAGCUUACAAUGAUGAAAGGUUAGCAAAGCAUUUUGAUCUAAGAAUGUGGGUUUGUGUAUCGAACAAUUUCAGUGUGAGUAGAGUAACAAAAGAUAUCAUCGAGUCAGCAACUGGUGGUUGUAAUCUCCAAAACAUGGAUCAACUGCAGCUUCGCCUCCGAGAACUGCUGAGGGGGAAGAAGUUUUUACUUGUGUUGGAUGAUGUCUGGGAAGAAAAUCCCGAGAACUGGGAUCGGUUGAAACAAUUUCUCAGAGAAGGUGUGAGGGGCAGUAAAAUCAUAGUAACCACCCGUAAUGACAAAGUUGCUUCAUUCAUGGGCACUCUCCCUCCGCACCAUUUGACAAGAUUAUCAGAUGAUGAUUGUUGGUCUCUGUUCAAGCAGCAGGCAUUUGGGCAUGGAAGACAAGAACAUCCAAACUUUGUAAUGCUUGGAAAGGAAAUUGUGAAGAAGUGCGGGGGCGUCCCUUUGGCAGCGAAGGCGCUCGGAAGCUUGAUGCGCUUCAAAACAGAGGAAAGAGAGUGGUUGUUUGUCAAAGAAAGUGACAUUUGGAAUCUGCCUAAAGAAGAGAAUUGCAUUUUACCUGCUUUGAGGUUGAGUUAUUAUCAUCUUCCACCACAUUUGAAGCAAUGCUUUGCAUACUGCUCAAUAUUUCCAAAAGAUCAUAUAUUUGUGAAGAAGAAGCUAAUCCAACUAUGGGUGGCAGAAGGUUUUAUUAAAUCAUCAGACAGAAAAAAACAAAUGGAAGACGUCGGUGUAGAGUAUUUCAAUAAUCUAUUAUGGCGGUCCUUCUUUCAGGAUGUUCAGAAAAAUAAAGAUGGGAAUAUAGUAAGGUGCAAGAUGCAUGACCUCGUGCAUGAUCUUGCAUGCUCUCUUGCUGAAAAUGAAUGCUCAAUUGUGCAGGUCAAGAAUGCAGUGAGUAUCCCUAACAUAUCUCGUCGUUUGUUGUUGGAGUGCGGGGAUAACAUAUGUGCCCUAACAGACCCAGAGCCCUCAAGGAGAGCAAACCAUUUGCGAACGCUGCUUCUGCUUGGAAGUCAGUAUUUCAGCAUUUCUCAUAAUGUUUUGGUGCAUUUUAUGUUCUUACGUGUGCUUGAUUUAAACCGUGUGAAUGUCACCAUGGACUUUUUGGUUUCAAUCAGUAGGUUGAAGCACUUAAGAUACCUCGUGCUGUCUAUUACUCAUAUACGGGCCCUUCCUGAAUCCAUUUGCACCCUUCACCAUUUGCAAACCUUGAGACUCUUGAACAGUGAUCAUCUUGCAGAGUUACCCAGGGACAUGAGCAAAAUGACUAGCCUAAGACAUCUUGAAAUCAGUCAAUAUGAUAAAUUGACCCAUAUGCCAGCUAAUAUGGGACAAUUAAAGCUCCUUCAGACCUUGCCAAUAUUCAUAGUGGGUAAGGAUAGUGAAUGUGGUAUAAGAGAGCUACAAGGUCUAAACCUUGGAGGAGAAUUGACUAUACGAAACCUCGAGAAUGUGAUGUGUGCAGCAGAUGCCCAGGAAGCAAACUUGAAGGAUAAGCUGAACCUUUGUGACUUAUGUUUUUCAUAG